UGUCCCCAGCUUAACAGUCACAUGAGAAGAAUGUGUUGUGUUUUAUUUUCAUGCUGAAUUUAGGGCGUAGCACCGCUAUAAAAAAAAAAACUUGCAACAAACAACUUAAAUCAUCUCAUAGGAGGCAAAUCGUCGAUUCGGAGGAAAAGGUUCUGAAAAUGGAGUCUUUGUCUGCAGCAAACACACAAUUCUCUCUCAAUGUGUUUAAGGAGAUCAGUAAGACCAGUGGAAAUGUCUUCUUCUCUCCUCUCUGCAUCUCCUCGGCUUUGGCCAUGGUGUCACUUGGUGCUAAAGGAAACACACAUGAUGAGAUCUUACAGGUUCUGUGUCUUAAAAAAUCUGAACCAGCUCUGCUGCAGAUGAAGAUAGAGGACUUACCUGUUUGUGUCAAAGCUGACCCACUAAUAAAGCAUGAGAUAAAAAAAUCCGACAUACCGGUUUGUGUCAAAAGUGACCAGCCAAUAAAACAUGAGAUUAAGAAAUCCGACAUACCGGUUUGUGUCAAAGGUGACCAGCCAAUAAAGCAUGAGAUUAAGAAAUCCGACAUACCGGUUUGUGUCAAAGGUGACCAGCCAAUAAAGCAUGAGAUUAAGAAAUCCGACAUACCGGUUUGUGUCAAAGGUGACCAGCCAAUAAAGCAUGAGAUUAAGAAAUCCGACAUACCGGUUUGUGUCAAAGGUGACCAGCCAAUAAAGCAUGAGAUUAAGAAAUCCGACAUACCGGUUUGUGUCAAAGGUGACCAGCCAAUAAAGCAUGAGAUUAAGAAAUCCGACAUACCUGUUUGUGUCAAGGGUCAAUCUGAACCACCAAUGAAGCAUGAGAUUAAGAAAUCCGACAUACCUGUUUGUGUCAAGGGUCAAUCUGAACCA